AUGGCUUCCAACAGCAUCUUCGACUCCUUCGCCACCUACUCCUCCGCUUUCCUGCGCGUUCAGGAGCAAAUGCUCGAGCUGGUCGUGGCUGCGAGGACCCAGGUCGUUGCCCUCGGCGAUGUGCCCGAUGGGACGGUGGUCACGGUGAUGGCAGGGAACGACGAAAACUACUCGGCGGAGCUCCGCAACGCCUCCGCCGUGAUGAAAAACCAAGUAGCAAGAUUUAACGACCUCAGAUUUGUUGGGAGAAGCGGCAGGGGAAAAAGCUUUACCCUGACGAUCACCGUGUUCACCAACCCCACCCAAGUCGCUACCUAUCACCGAGCCAUCAAAGUGACCGUAGACGGACCCCGGGAGCCACGAAGGCACAGACAAAAGCUAGAAGACCAAGCCAAACCCUUCACCGACCGCUACGGGGAGCUGGAACGGCUGCGCCAGUCCAUGAGAGUCACCCCAACAACACCCAACCCCCGCGGAUCCCUCAGCACCCCAAGCCACUUUGGGUCCCAGGCUCAAACUCCAAUACAAGGCACGUCAGAUCUGAGCCCCUUCUCUGACCCCCGGCAGUUUGAUCGCUCCUUUCCGACGCUGCCAGCUCUCACCGAGACCAGGUUCUCCGACCCGCGGAUGCAUUACCCCGGCGCCAUGUCCGCUGCCUUCCCUUACACCGCGACGCCCUCCGCCACGGGCAUCGGGGGCAUCAGCAUGACCAGCAUGCCCACCACGACGCGUUUCCACCACACUUACCUGCCGCCCCCCUACCCCGGCUCCACGCAAAACCAAAGUGGACCCUUCCAGGCCAACCCCUCUCCCUACCAUUUGUACUACGGCACAUCUUCGGGCUCCUACCAGUUCUCCAUGGUGGCGGGCGGCGAGCGCUCCCCGACCCGGAUGCUCUCUUCUUGUACAAGUGCCUCAGCGGGGAACAACUUAAUGAAUCCCAACCUGGGCAAUCAGAACGACGGCGUGGACGCGGACGGGAGCCACAGUAAUUCACCGACAACCAUGACAACUACUGGGAGGAUGGAUGAGUCGGUCUGGAGACCCUAUUAGGAGGAACUCAACUGGGCACCGAUAGCUUUAACUUAAUCAGCCACGUUACUCCUUUUGGUAGUGAAUAGAGCAAAACGAUGCCUAGGGAAAAGGUAAACCAAAGUCUCCCAAACCAAAAGCAAACCAGAAUCCUCUGCAUGCAAGCAUGGGCAAACAUCAAGCGAAGAUGGACCAGGACCUACGUUACAUUUCAAGAUGAACGUCCACGAGGCUUGAAUUUGUCGCUUGAU